UUCACAGUACUACAUCUUAAUUAAAAGUGGCUUCUUGGACAUCAUUUAGGAUUGACAGGAACAGAUUUGUUUCAUAAAGCGUUGCUACCAUACAGAUGCACCUACACAAAAUUAAUUUUAAUCAAGUAUAAGACGGAUGCAGCGUCUUUUGACGGCUCAAAUAGUGUUAAGGUUUUUUUUUUUUUUGGGUGGGAUAACGCGUUUAAAAUAGCAAGACGGGGGCAUCGCGUCACGUGACCUGAAUAGUCAAACACGCUGAACUGAUGUUUCGGGGAAACCUAAUGAACAGAGAGCCUGGCUGGACCGGACCGACAGUCAGUCAGAACCGCUCUGGCACUACGACCUCUCACGAUACUGCAGUCAUUCUUGCAGAACAAUGACACUAUGCGAGUAGCUCCUAUUCGUUAUGGAGACGCUCCGGCUGCGUUUCAAUCGUUAAUAUGUUGCAUCGCAAAAUUACCAACCCGGGUCAGAAGAUAAAUGGGUUCAAUGAAGAAUAUUCAUAAAUUAUGCAUUAUGACGUCUGAUCUGUUGCUGUAUUGAGGGGGUCGUUUCCAGCCAUUUCAUGUUUACCCGGUACUUGAACACUGUGGGACUGAAUUUCACCCCCACACCCGGCUUCCUUGGCCACUGGAGGGCGCUGUGCUCCCCCAGUCUUGCUAGCUGGAUGUGUCGACCCCCUUGGCCUAACCCCAGAAACUACCCGUCUGUAAACAUUAGACCCCCGGACGUUUGCCUACGUGUCGGCUGGAGACAGGCGCCUCUCAGCAGUUGUUCUCGCAAGUCUUUCCAGCUGUCCUGUGCACACAUGGACCAGGCCGACAAAGAGCCUCCGCUGAAGCGGAUGAGGAGUGCAGAUAGGAGGAGCGCCAGUCCGAUGCGGCAGCCUGGAGCCUGCAGGUCGCCUCCCCCCCCCCCGAUGCGUAGCACUGUUGCCGUCAGCCCAGACUGUGCGAAUCGACCUUCUCUGGAAUGUGCCUGGACUAAAACUCGCAAAACUGUUCAGACAGAAGCAAUAAAGAGACAGUGGGAAGACUUUUCUUGCCACUACAGGCACACAUCCCCUUCUCAAGCGAGUCAAGAUCCACCCUUUGACUUUUCCGUGAUGUCCUACAAUAUCCUUUCUCAGGACCUCCUGCUGGACAACGCCUACCUGUACAAGCACUGCCAGCUGCCUGUGCUGGACUGGAGCCAUCGGCUGCCCAGUCUCCUGAGGGAGCUGGAGCAGCACAGUGCAGAUAUAUUGUGUCUCCAAGAAGUGCAAGAGGACCACUACCUAAAACAGAUCAAACCCGGUCUAGACUCUUUAGGGUACCACUCUGAGUACAAGCGACGCACUGGCCGCAAGCCCGACGGCUGCGCGGUCUGCUUCAAGCGGGACCGCUUCUCCCUGGUGUCCUGCCACCCCGUGGAGUUCUAUCGGCGCGGCGUCCCCCUGCUGGAUCGCGACAACGUGGGCCUGGUGCUGCUCCUGAAGCCCUCCGGUCUCGCUCCCUCCUCGGUGCGCGGGCUCUGCGUGGCCAACACCCACCUGCUGUACAACCCCCGACGCGGCGACAUCAAGCUGGCCCAGCUGGCCCUGCUGCUGGCCGAGAUCAGCCGCGUGUCCCGGCCGCUGGGGGCCGCCGAUGACACACCGUGCCCCGUCAUCCUCUGCGGGGAUUUCAACUCCGUGCCCUGGUCCCCCCUCUACACCUUCAUUCGGGACAGCAGGCUGGAGUACGAGGGCAUCCCCAUCGGCAAGGUGUCCGGUCAGGAGCAGAGCCCAAGGGGACAGCGGAUACUGACCACCCCCAUCUGGCCCCCGAGUCUUGGAAUCAACCAGCGUUGCCAGUAUGAGGCCGCGUCCUGCAGGACUGCAGGUGUUGGAGGCGACAUGUCCAGCCUAGACGUGAGGGACCAGGAGGAAGAUGUCCCUGAGAUCUUGGAUCAGGGGCGCCUGCCCAGGAUAGAGCAUGAGCUGCAGCUCACCUCUGCCUACUCGCACUACCUGGAGGACGGCAGGCGGCCGGAGAUCACCACCUGCCACUCCAGGACUGCUAUCACCGUGGACUACAUCUUCUACUCUGCAGCUCAGGGAGACGUCUACAUGCAACCGGAAUGCAGCAGGACCUCCAAGCAUGGGCUGCACUUACUGGGCAGGUUGGGUCUCUUGGGAGAGACGGACCUGUGGAUGGCCAACGGACUCCCCAACGAGCAUAAUUCCUCGGACCAUCUGCCGCUGCUGGUGCGCUUCCGCCUGUGUUACUGAUAGGUAUCCAGCGCCCCCUGGAGGGCUGGCGUCAAACUACCAGAGACUAAUACCCCAGAGUUUUCUUUUAAACUGGAAUUCAUGCACGCUGAGGAAUUCACUUUGAAUGGACUUUCUUGAAGAAAGAUGCCUUUUUAAAAAUUACAUAGGAGUUACAGGAUUCAAACAUUGCAUAUAAAUCUGGAGGUUUGACCAAAUAAUUUGGACCCGGCAGUUGACAUUUUGAUCCUGUGGUGCUUUUGUACUUAAUGGA